AUGCCUCAGCCUAUUAAAAGAAAGAGAGACCAUAGCAGCACAGAAGAUUUCAAAUCUGUACGUCAGAAGAUCAGAACGCUGGAAGCUAACCUCAGCGACAAAUCCAACUUGAACAACAUCGUCGAACUUUUCAAUCAUGUCAAAAAUGAUAAUGCGCAGAUUGUUUUUGCUGCCAUGCACGCUUUGAAUCGUGUCUUCCUCAGUUUCCUAUUGAAAGGAGAGUUGCAAAAGCCUAAAGUAGCUGAAGAGACUUCUGCUAAAGGCAAGGUGACACUUUGGCUCAGAGACCAAUAUACAAAUUUUUUACAGUAUGUUAAAAGCCUUCUAUCCAAUGAUGAACCUGGAUUACAGCUUCCUGCUUUGACCAUUUUGAUGAACAAUAUGAAAGCUGAAUCGGAAUACUUUAUGAGCACCAAAGGAACUUAUCACUUUGCCAACAAUCUCUACGGACCGAUUGUAAAAGAAAUUAUAUCGACCGAAAAUUUGAAUGACCAUUUGCGAAAAGAGUUUUUGGAGAAAUAUUUAAAUAUCUAUGAUGACUUGAGGCAUUACUUUUUCAAGGAUACAGCUGAAAUUAUCGAGCAAUCACUUCGUACAGAUGAAACCGUUAGGAAGCAAAAAACUUCGAUGAAGAGCAAGAAAGCAAAAAUAUCGAAUACAACAAAUAGUAGCGGCAAACUCGAAUUAAUAGCAAAGAAUCUAUUUUCAAUAUUGGAAAGUAUUCGCACUAUGCCAACCGAGCCCUCAGAAAUCGAUGAAUUUUGGACUGUCAACCCGUCUAAAUAUGAACCUCAAUCAAAGAAAACGAAUUCGGAAGAAGAUGAUGUUUUAGGGGACGAAGGCUUACUAUCAGAGUCAGAAGUCGAAGAAGAGAAAGAACAAGCGAAAAAAGAUGGAACAAGGAAAAAGAAAAUGCAUCCAUUACUUCAAUUGAAAGUUCACAAGCGAAGUUUUACUGACUGCUGGCUUCAGUUAUUCAAACUACCAUUAACGGAAGAAAUGUACAAGAAAAUCCUACUCAUUUUGCACAAGCGUAUCUUACCGCACCUGAGCGAACCAAAAUUGUUGAUGGAUUUUUUGACAGAUUCGUACAAUGUAGGAGGAGCUGUCAGUCUAUUAGCCUUGCAAAGCUUGUUCACAUUGAUUAUCGACCACAACCUGUAA